AAUAAAAAUAAACAAAUACAGCAAUAGUAAAUUAUGGUGAUUAUUUUAUUCUUGACUGUGUUCUGGACAUUCUCCUAAAUUAUUUUAUAUUUAUUCAUCUUGUCUCUGUGUUGGUAUCUGGAUAUUGUUAAACUCAGUAUAUUUCCUUCGUUUUCAUCAGUGUAUUUCUUUCAUUUGUAUUAUCCUCAGGAAUAAGAGCAUAUUUUAAUCCUUCCAAUUUAGAGAUAGCAGGUAUUUUAUAAUGACUAGACACGCUAGAAAUUGCACUGCUGGGGCAGUCUAUACUUACCACGAAAAGAAAAAAGAUGCCCAGGCUUCAGGCUACGGUACAAAUGUGCAGAGACUGAGUAAAGAUUCCAUAAAAAAUUUCGAUGCCUGCUCUCUAUCAUUGCAGCCUUGUAGAAAUCCUGUUAUAACGAAAGAUGGUUAUUUAUUUGACAAGGAAGUAAUUUUAGAGUAUAUUAUCUCCAAAAAGAAUGAGUACAGCAGGAAACUAAAAGAAUACGACAGGCUAAAAAAGAAAGAAGAUGAAGAACUGGCCAAUAAA